AUGGCAGAAUAUCAGGGACAACCCCAGCAUGCCACGGGUGUUGCUAUCUCUCCAGAUGUCGAGGAACAUCUGAGUAUCAAACGCUAUAUCGCAACGCGCAUUCCAUCCCUGGUGCCGCCGAUGAACCCAGCCCCGAACCCUUUCAAGUCUUUGACUCUCCUCAAUCGUCAACAGUGGCUAUUUUUUAGUGUCGCAUUUUUUGGUUGGAGUUGGGAUGCCUUCGACUUCUUCACCGUUUCGCUCACCACAACUGAGCUGGCUGAAUCCUUCGAUAAAUCAGUCACCGAUAUUACAUGGGGUAUCACGCUCGUUCUCAUGCUACGAUCAGUCGGCGCCAUAAUAUUCGGAAUUGCCUCUGACAGAUGGGGUCGCAAAUGGCCCUUUAUCUUCAAUCAGUUUCUUUUCAUAGUGCUCGAGCUAGGUACCGGUUUCUGCCAAACCUACAAGCAAUUCCUCGCCUGCCGUUCUUUGUUUGGUAUCGCCAUGGGUGGUCUUUACGGUAACGCUGCAGCCACUGCGUUGGAAGAUUGCCCCUCCGAGGCUCGCGGAAUCAUUUCCGGUAUGCUGCAGCAGGGUUAUGCGUUUGGCUAUCUGCUAGCUGCCGCUUUUGCCAGAGGUCUGGUUGGUACUACUUCGCAUGGCUGGCGACCACUCUUCUGGUUCGGUGCUUGCCCGCCGGUAUUGGUUAUCAUUUUCCGGCUGUGUUUGCCCGAGACCGAAACUUUCCGCCGUCGCCAGGAAGCUCGUAGUGAGGUGCGUGGUGGUGUGGCUGCGUCUUUCAUUUCUGAGGGCAAGGUAGCGCUCAAGCGGCACUGGCUGUUGUUGAUCUACCUGGUUUUGCUAAUGGCUGGUUUCAACUUUAUGUCACACGGAUCGCAAGAUCUCUACCCAACCAUGCUAAAGAAUCAGUUCGGUUUCUCCGCCGAUGCCGUAACCGUCACACAGGUUGUAGCAAAUCUGGGUGCGAUCACAGGCGGUACCAUCUGCGGGUGGGCAAGUCAGAUCUUCGGCCGACGAUUCUCUAUCAUUGCAAUCAGCAUUGUCGGCGGUGCCCUGUUGUACCCCUACACCUUUGUCACAACCCACCAAGUCAUGGCAGCAGCAUUCUUCGAACAGUUCAUGGUGCAGGGUGCCUGGGGUGUUAUACCCAUUCACCUGAUGGAACUAUCCCCAGGUCCCAUUCGAACCUUUGCCGUGGGCACUGCCUACCAGCUUGGAAAUCUUGUGUCUUCUGCCAGUUCCACUAUCGAAUCGACUCUUGGCUCCCGCUUUCCUCUUCCACCUACUAAGACCGUUGCCCAUCGCUACAGUUAUGGUAAAGUCAUCUGCAUCUUCAUGGGCUGCGUCUUUGCCUAUGUCAUUUUAAUUACCUUUGCUGGUCCGGAGCGUCUUGGUCGUAAUUUUGAUGCUGAACAUGACGCUGAUCUAGCGGUUGUUGCGGCUCAUCGUGGCUUGGACCGAGUGGAUGAAGAGAGCGAUCCUGAAAAGCCUACUACAUCGCGACGCGAGUUGGAUUGA